AUGGACGUCCUGCCGAGAGUGCAAGAGCUGAAAGAACCUGGUGCUGAUGGCCCAUUCGAGCACGUGGUCUAUCUCAACUCCGACACGAUUGACUUCGUCGAUGAAGUCGACGAGGCUACAGUCGAAGCCCAACUCGCCGAGGUGUACGCGUUGGAAGUGUACCGCGAAGAAAUCCGUCUUGCCGAGCAAAGUCGCCUGGACGAGGCGAUCGCGUUGAGUUUCUACGCCAAGGAGGAGCGCAAGUUGUUGGAUCCCACCGACACCAGCCUGGAAACGGACAGCGAGGCGGACGAGUCA